CAGCGCAGCUUUAGUGUCAGAAACAGGUGGCUACUGUUGAGCUACAUAUUUACAAAACAUUGUUUCCAGAUCAUUUCUGUGUAAAUACAACGAAACGACAUCUCUAGAAAAACUAUGACUGGAAAAGACGUCCUGGGGAAACUUGACCUGAGUGUGUUAAGUACAGAGCAGCAAGAAAAACUGCGACAGUUCAAGAUCAAGACGAGAAUCGACAACGAGAAGUACCUGAAUUCGCAUCCAGAGGUUGAGGUUCUUAUCGGCGACUUCCUGAGAGAUGUUCUUCUACAACGACCUGCUGACAUCCGUGAGUUUGCAGCAGAUCACUUCACCAACCCAAAGCUUCACCUGGUGACUGGCUCCAAAAUGGAAGGAAGGAGUGAGAUGGAGUGACAACAACCCACAAACAGUCCUGCUGCUGCAGCUGUGUCCUUUAUAGACAAACACAUGUUGCCAAUAAAGUUUUGUCAGCCUACAAUUAGCUCAACUGGAAAUGUUAUUGUGUGAUUGUGAGACCCAUGCAUGAGGCAGUCUAAAAGGAAAGAAGGUAACAGUGUCCAUAAUGAGUUUACUUAAAGCUAAUGAGAGGAGGGUGUCCCAUGGGUGUCACAUGCUUGGAGGUGUUUGUCAUCAUCAUCCACAUGUUUGUGAAGGUACAUGACAUUCAUAUCCACAAUUUGACCAGGUGAAAUUGUAUCUAAUCACAUCUGUACAUUUCUUGAUGAAAACAGUAGAUAUAUCUUUUUCAACCUUUUUUUUUUUUUUUAGAUUCCUCCCUUAUUUAUUGCUUUUUAGAUCAUAUCCAUAGACUGUGCACCUUUGAAAUCAGCCUUCCAACAUAGCAUGUAGUGUUUGGUUAGUCUGUCAUAUCUCAGCGGUAUCAUUUUACAGGUACAGAGGUCCUCUAAAAUGAUCUAUUGAAAAUAAUUGGAAAUAUGAUCUCUAGAGAAAAGUGUGAAAAAAAUUCGGUCUUUGUUGAUUUGUUGAUUUUAUCAUCCAUCAGCUAUUAAGUAUUGUACAGAGCGUUCUCCGUAGCUCUUUGACUGUGUGGCUUUUGUUUGUUUUGUCUGUAAUUAUGACAGUGCAUCUCAGUAUUGAGCACAGAAGUGUGGCUGUUAUCCGUCCAUUCAUGGUUUUAUUUUUUGAAAGGAUAAUGAUCCUUUUAGUAGCCACA